GGAAGAGGAAAGGGCCCUGGCUGGCGAUACAUUACUGCAUACAUUAGCGCUCAGUAAUAACAACAGUGAUUUGGUUGACGUUUACAUGGAGCGCUUUUGCUGACACAAGUAGUCCAUGGAGUCCCAGGAGGAGAAGCCAAUAAUCUACACAAUGGAAAACAAGCCGAUUGUGACUUGUGCUGGGGACCAGGGGCUGUUCAGUUCCCUGUACAACUCACUGGCACAGCAGCUUCCCCGGGAGCCAAUGGAGUGGAGGAGGUCUUAUGGACGUGCACCAAAGAUGAUUCACCUGGAGGCCAACUUUGUUCAGUUCAAAGAGGACCUGCUUCCCAAAGAGGGAAACAAAGCCCUUCUCACAUUCCCUUUCCUGCACAUGUACUGGACCGACUGCUGUGACACUGAAGUAUACAAGUCCUCGGUGAAGGAGGACAUGGUGCGCUGGCAGAGCCUGCUGCGGCUCCAUGGCUCUGUGGACUGGCUCAUCGUGGUGGUGGAGAACGACGGCAAGAAGAAGAACAAGACCAACAUCCUGCCCCGCACCUCCAUCAUGGACAAGAUCCGCAACGACUUCUGCAACAAGCAGAGCGACAGGUGUGUGGUUCUGUCGGACCCGCUGAAGGACUCGUCCCGGUCGCAGGAGUCCUGGAGCUCGUUCCUCACCAAGCUGCGCACACUGCUGCUCAUGUCCUUCACCAAAAACCUGGGCAAGUUCGAGGACGACAUGCGCACCCUGCGUGAGAAGCGCACCGAGCCCGGCUGGAGCUUCUGCGACUACUUCAUGGUGCAGGAGGAGCUGGCGUUCGUGUUUGAGAUGCUGCAGCAGUUUGAAGACGCUCUGGUUCAGUACGAUGAGCUGGACGCUCUCUUCACUCAGUACGUACUCAACUUUGGGGUUGGAGACGGGGCCAACUGGCUGGGCUCCUUCUGCACACCGGUGCACAGCUGGAAUGGUCUGGUGCUGCGCCGGCCCAUAGACAUGGAGAAGAGGGAUCAGAUCCAGAGGGGCCAGGCCACCCUGCUGGACCUGCGCAGCUACCUGUUCUCCCGCCAGUGCACCCUGCUCAUCUUCCUGCAGAGGCCCUGGGAGGUGACACAGCGCGCCCUGGAGCUGCUGCACAACUGCGUGCAGGAGCUGCGUCUGCUGGAGGUGUCUGUGCUGCAGGGGGCGCUGGACUGCUGGGUGUUCCUCAGCUGCCUGGAGGUGCUGCAGAGGAUUGAAGGCUGCUGCGACCAGGCACAGCUGGAGGCCAACUGCACGCACACCGUGGGCCUGUGGGCCUACGCCACCGAGAAGUUGAAGUCUUUGGGCUCCUUGUGUGGUCUGGUGUCCACAAACGGGCCGAAUUCUGAGGACCUCAACAGAACUGUGGAUCUGCUGGCGGGGCUGGGAACAGAAAGACCUGAGACAGCCAGCAGCCUUCAGAGUCCGUACAAAAAACUGAAAGAAGCCUUAUCUUCAGUGGAAGCUUUUGAAAAGCACUAUCUGGAGCUCUCUCACUCUGCGAUGGAGAUGUACAGGGCCAUAGGCAGGAUGCGGUCGGCACGUUUGCUGGGGAAGAGCCUGGCAGAGUUCUACAUGAGAAAGGGAGAUCCCCGCCACGCCGAGGCCUUCCUGCAGGACUCCCUGCUGUCCUACGUCUCUGAGGGCUGGGCCCUGCCUGUCACUCACACCCGAAAGCAGAUCGCAGACUGCCAGAAACAGCUCGACCGCACCGAGGAAUACCUGCAAACGAGCGCCCUGCUAGCAGGUGACGAGCACCUGACGGAUGAGGAGAGGAAGCACUUCUGCCAGGAGAUCCUCACCUUCUCCAGCCAAGCCUCGGACAACCAGGGGCAGAAGGUGGUGCUGACCAUGGGCGCGUUCGCGCAGCUGCAGCAGCUGCAGUUCCGGCCGGCGGCCGCAGUGGUGCACGUGGGCGCCGCCCUGCAGCUGGACCUGUGUCUGCGCAGCCUGAUGCCCGUCGCCGUGCGGCUGGAGCAGCUGGCCGCCAGCGUGCACUUCAGCCUGGAGAAGGGCGGGGCCCGGGGGCGGGCCUCCGGGACGGGGGGCGGGGCCGGCAGGCGGCGGUCCGGGCCCGGCGGGACCGUGCUGUUCACCGGGGGAGGGGAGAGCUGGGGCGGGGGGCCCCUCCCCCCCCGGGCCUCGGCCCCGCCCCUGGAGCUGCACGAGAUGCAGGACCGGAGCCCCACCGACGGGGGCCUCAACUCCACGGGCGUGGUCUGCAAGAACGUGCACCUGCUGCUGCGCCGCAACGACAGCUCCGCCUCCCUGGACACGCCCAGCUCCGGCCCCGUCUCCAUGGAGGAGGGCGCCCAGCUGCUGAGGGCCGAGGACGUCACGCUGUCGCCCGGCAACAACAGCGUCCUCUUCACCGCGCCCAGUGGAGAGCCCGGUACCUACACCUUGAGGCAGCUCUGUGCCACAGUGGGGCGAGUGCAGUUUGUCCUGCCGCAUAUCUACCCCAUUGUGCAGUACGAGGUGUACUCUCAGGAGCCCCAACUCACCGUGCAGCCCCUCACAGACAACCUGUUGGCGGGUCUCCCGCAGAAGGUGAAGUUCACCAUCGUCACGGGCCACUACAGCGUCAAGAAGGGCGACGCCCUGCAGCUCAGCAACACGGACACCAUGCCCAUCCUGCACUCCCCGUCCUGCCCCGCCCGCAUCCUCUCCAGCUCCGGAGACCCUGUGGGUGAGUGUGUUCUGUCCAUCCAGUGCUCAGAGAAGGUGACCAGUAUGUCCCUGCCCCCCACCCCUCCGUACCACACGCUGGAGUUCCAGCUGGAGGUUCUGUGCCACAUCCCCGCUGCCCCGCCCCGGCCCGAGAACGAGCGGCUCACCAACGGCCAGCUCCGCCCCCGCGCCAAGAGCGGUAACCACGCCAACGCUGCCAUGGCAACCAUCGACCAGAAGAUCUCCAUUGAUUGUCCCUGGUCCAUUUACUCCACGCUGGUCGCGCUGACGUUCCACAUCCCCUUUAAAGCCAAACACUCGCUGCUGUCAGCCGGGAAGAGGAAGUACAUCCAAGUGUGCGUGCAGAAUGUUUCUGAGAUGAACUUCCACCUGGUGGACCAGAGUCUGGAAGAGCGUCACCAAGCAUCCAAACUGGAACUGCAGUCUCUGAACAGCAAAACCAAGAAGCUGCUGUACAGGGGGCAGUCUCUGUACUGUCUGUGGGAGAUGGUUUGGGCCAGCGAUCCGCCGCCCUGCCUGCAGUGCGUGUUCUCCGUCAGCUUCUCCCCGGACGCGGCGGGAGACUCCGCCUUCACGCCGUACCGCUACGAGUUCCAGCUGGAGAGCAUCUCUACGCUGUACAGUGUGAGAGCAGAGAUCACACCCUCCCCCGGAGCGGAGCAGUGCCACACUGGCUCCCUCUGCAGGCUGGAGGUGUGUAUUACCAGGCUGGCAGAACUGAGCGAAGCAGAGCAGGAGGACGCGACUCUGACAGAGAGCGAUGGACCCUGCACCACCAAGCUCAUGUAUGAAGUCGUAGACAACAGCAGUAACUGGGCUGUGUGUGGUAAGAGUUCUGGCCUGGUGUCCAUGCCCGUGGCUGUCAGUGCCACACACAGGGUGCAGAUGGAGGUCAUGCCCCUGUUUGCUGGGAACCUGCCCUUCCCCAAAAUCAAGCUCCUUAAAUACCUGCCCCACUACGCCACACCCGCUAUCCAACCUGAGACAGACGGAUGCGUAGAGAACGAUAACAUCUCUCUGCUGGACGAGCAGGCAGAGACGGCCAGUAUUCGCAGCAGGGGCAGUGUCCAGUCCCUAGGGGGCGCCGAGCCUCAGCGGGGCCUGCCCAUGCCCCGUCUGGAGCCUUUCGGAGCGGGUCAGGUGUUCUGCCUCAGCCAGGGACAGCAGGUGCUGGUGCUGCCCAGCUUGGACCACCACGUGCUGGAGGUCAACGUCACAUGACCCCGCCCAUCCGCCUGGCCCCCGCCCAUCCGCCUGGCCCCCGCCUCGUCCUGACCCGCCCUGGACCACUCGGGUGCGGCUCACAGCUCUCUCCCCCUCCCCCUCCCCCCUGGACUUGCGGGACGGGGACCGGUGGUUCGGCUAGUCCGGGCGUGAUGCGGAUGUGACUUUAACGUCAGGUCACAUCCUCCUCUUGUGCUCAGGAGCAGAGAUUUCUGUCCUCCUCCUCAUCUUUCACCAGACUGCGCCCUCCCUCUUUCUCUCUCUGUCCCUCUUUCUCUCUUUCUCUGUCUCUCUCUUUCUCCCUCUCUCUUUCAAGGAGGGCAGAGUCUCCCUAUGGCUGCUGCUCUGAUUGGCUCCCCCAGACACUUGAAAGAACUGUCCCAGGAUGCACUGCUUCCACUCAACUGCUGUCUGAGAUGCACAUGCACUUGCCAUAUUGCACAGGUGUUUGAAUGUGCACGUGUGUGUGUGUGGGUGUGUGUGUGUGUGUGUGUUACCUUGCAUGGAUGUGAGUGAGAUGGAGAGAGAGGUGUGUGUGUGUGUGUGUCGCAAGGUUAUCUCUUAUCGUGUUGCAGGAAGGGAAGUAUGUCCGUCAGUCCCGCUGUAACGUGUCUGUCUGUCUGUCUGUACAGAGGCGAGCUGCUGCCCGCCUGCCCCCCAUAUUUCAGCCCUGUACAUACUGUUAUAUACAUAGAUGCUAUUUAAAGAGUUUAAAAAUGAGAAAACAAUCACUGGACUGUCUGUGGGUUUCUCCAGAUGAGGCCCUUUUAAAUGGGGGGGGGAGGGGGAGGGAACCAAUCAGAUCCUGGGUGUUCAUUCUGCUGAAGUGUGAGUCAUUCUAUGGAACCACCAAAGGGAAGCAUUCUUUUCCAGCCAAUCAACUUGUUUUUUGCGGUUAUACUUUUCUCCUUGUUCAUACUGUGCAUAUUCCUUUUUGAUCAUUCUGGAUGGAGUGUGUUGCCCUUUGGAAGGGCCUGGUUUCACCCGCACAGUCCCUUAAAAAUGGAAUGUAUUGUAAAUACGUAGACUUGUUCAAAAACUUGUUAAAUAUGUUUCACAGCAGUGUAUUUUAAGAAUUGUAUAUACUGCAGUGUCUGUCGACGGCAAUAUUUUGUAUAUUUGCCCAUAUAUUAUAUUAUGAAGUGUUGCAAAAUCUUGUUUUGUUUCAGUAUAUUUUCACUAUAUUCCAUUUCCCUAAGGGGUGGGACGUGUGUGUGAGGCUGUGUAUUGAGUGUAAAUACUGAGGGUGUGUAUAGUGCAAUGGUAUUGCAUUGUGUGUGUGUGUGUGUGUGUGAGAGAGAGAGUAUUGAGGAUAGGCAGUGAAAUGGCACAUAUUAGUGAUGUGAUGGUUUGGUGUCAUUAGUGGCAGACCUUAUACUGUACAUGAAAUACUUUGACCCUAUAGACACCAGUAAAAAAUCCUGCAGAUUACUGUGCUUUGAAUGAAUCAUCUGUUGGCAGUCAUUUUCAGAACAGUAUUCUUUCAUUUCCAUUGUAUGAUCUGGUUUAGUAACAUUCAUCGGCCAUUGUUAGGGACUUGGGUGCAUUGUUUGCCUGAACUGUUAAAAAAAGUAUUUGUGGGCAGAGAUGGUGCUGAGGUUAUGGUGAGUGAUUUGGGUAUGUAUGCUACUGUGUGUGGUGAGGGUGGGGUUUAGUGACGAGUGACCGUGUCCUCCGGGGCCAAAGACUGGUGAAACGGUCCCCGUGUGUGUGCGGGAGCCCGUGAGGGCCUCAGGGCGAGAGAAAGCCCCCUGUCUGCUGAUGGACACCCUCCUCUUCCUCCUCUUCCUCGUUUAGCGAGCCGACUCCAGGCAGACCACUCCUUUAACCCGCUUUACGGUCCAUCUCGGUCCUAAUCGCUCGGUGAACGUGCUUUAGGGUACCCGUUUCCCCAGGUGCGUUCCCCUGCUUGUACCCUUUGGCCCUGCGCUUCGGGGCCCGGCUGUGGUCCGAGAUACGGCCUGCCCGGGGGUUUUCGCCCUGUGUGGGCCGCGUGGACCGGCCUGCGAGUUAGUUCUUUAUGGAGCGGUCUCUGACGGCUUUCACAACUCAAUCACGGCGUGUGCAAUCGCUCCUUGUUCCUGUGUGUGACCAUCAGUUUUCUUUUUUUUUGUAAGCAUAUCACUUUAUUGUUGAGGCUGGGAAAGAUUGCCGCCUUUUGUCACUUGAUCUAAAAUGAUAACUUCAGUUUUCACGGUUUCAAGGGUGGGCAAACCAUAUUUUCACAAUUUUGUAAAUUAUUCCAGUAGAUUACAGCACCUCAGAUUGUGUAAUUAUUUAAAAAAAGAAUACUGUACGCAUUAUACAGUGGAAUAUAUACCUAUGUUUUAAAA